CAAUUAAUUUCCUCUAUAAAAACCCUAAGUUUGUCACUAGUUUUUUCUACCCAACACUCCUCACACUAUUCUCUCAAUUUCUCUUUAAAGAAUGAAAAUGUUUGUCAAGAUUGCAUGUUUGGUGGUUUUGUGCAUGUUGAUUACAUUUGCACCCCAUGCAGAGGCAGUGACUUCUUGCCAAAUACAGGUUGGGGUGGUGAAUUGCCUUCCUUAUUUGCAAAACCGUGGCCCAAUAGGAGGCUGUUGUGGUGUCAUUAAAGAUUUGCUUAAGCUUUGUAAAACACCACAUGAGCGUAGAAAAUCAUGUAGAUGUGUCAAAAAAGCUGCUAAUACUAUAAAGGCAUUGAUUUUGGCAAAGCUGCUGGUCUCUCUGGAGUUUGUGGUGUCAAGAUUCCUUUUGAGAUCAGCCCCUCUGUUGACUGCUCCAAGGUGAAGUGACGUUAAUGAAAGAGAUUCGUUUUCCAUAUCAUAAUAUAUGAUAGUAGUA